AUGGGAAAGUUGAAGAACAACAAGAAAGUGGCAAUCGCUGCUAAAGCUGCGAUUGCUCAUCCUUCUCAAUCGCUUUGGAUUUCGCAGACUCGCAUCGUUCAGAACAUCGAUUCGUCUCAGUGGAACCUGCAGACCCUUGCUUAUCUAUGCACAAUUCAUCGUGCUUGGGGUCGACACAACAAUAAAAAAGAAGUGGCCUUUGGGAAUGAGCUGUUCUUGGCAUGGGAGGACGAGCCCAAUUUCCACUGGCCUUGGUAUGAAGGGUAUUCCGAAAAUUUAGUAGAUCCUCCAGCGACUGAAUCCUGGGAGGAAGCAGCCGUGAAACUCCUAAAGAUUUGUGAUGGGGGCUGGAACUUGGUCGAGCAACGCAUUCAAGCUGCUCUCGACCGAGACAUCAAGGACGAAUUUAUUGGGAAAGUCCGGGAGCUAGUUGUCUAUGUGCAAGGAUUGAUUCUUGGUCUGGCAGUACAAGAUCCUCUUGUGAUUUUUCUUUUGGACGACCCGAUGGACGAGACUACGUUUUUCAAUUGGUAUUGGGAUUUUACUUUGGAGGAUGAGACCCGUUUACUAUUGGAAUUACGCCCUCUGGCUAAAGUAUGGGCCAUUGCGGUUGAACUCCUAGGGCAUCCACAUGAUUUCUCUGAUUUUUAUCAAGUCCUUGUGGUCAUUUUCACCCUCUUUCGCACGAAGCCAAUAUGA